UCAGAGCGCCUGAAGCGUGUGCACAUCCAAUGGUGUCUGUGAGUAUAGCGGCUGCUCUUGGUGCUGCUGCUGUUCCUUGGUGUAGAUGAAGAACUUCUGCGUGUAGGCGGUGCCUUUGUAGGUGGUCAUCAGCGCGUCAACCACCUCAUCACACACACAAGCACACACACACAGAGAGAGAUGAGUGUGCGCAUGGGCACACCAACACGCGCACCGCCACACGAGUGCGUCCCCAUGGUACCUUACCUACAGCUGGUCGUAUCCUGCGUCUGUGCAGGUCCCUCGCCCGAAGAGGACGAUCAGACUCUCGGGCAAACAGGUUUCCUGCGCACACACGCAAUUGAUGUGUGUGUGCAGACAGACAGACUGACACUACAUCAAUGCCCUCAAACACUGAUGCCCACUCAUCCGCCCAAGGGACCAUUAAGUGGCCAUGAGGGUUCUCAGCCCGCCCCGUGAACAGAGGCCCACUGACCCGCCGAAGAGACCGCGAAGAGCUCAUGAAUUGGCCCAAUGGACGGCUGCUCGAUCCCUCCUGCUCCACUUGCUCGAGUGCCGGCAGUUGCCACCCCCUCUGGGCGAGUUCCUGGUGGUCAGCAGUGAGGCCGACGACACGCGUGAGCGCAUGCAGCGUCGGGGGAGGGCUGGGAAGAGACGGAAGGGGCGGUUCCUCGCGUGUAACGGUCCUCAUGUCCCUGUUGGCCAGGUCGAUUCCUCCGAAGCUGAUGUUGCGCAGCGUCCCUCCUGGCAUGCCGCCUGCCUGUCGCCCGGCAGCGUGUCCCUCUACCAUGGCUACGAAGACGUCCAGACACCAUGCACACCACGACAGGCCGCUGGGGUAGCAAAGGGUGAUGGACGUGAGAGCCGCGUGAGAAGCGCCCCAAGCUGACUGACGAGAGUGACGGGGACUCGCUGCCACACCGACCGCUCCUCCUGGGUGCCGCAGCUGAUGGUGAGGUGCGUGUGUUCCGGCGCGGCAUGCUGGAAGAUGUCCUUGGACAGCUGCACCAGCAAGUAGAGGGGCAGGAAGGCCACAAUACUAACGAGGAGGCCAGGCUGGGAAAACAAAAAGAAAUGCCAUCUAUCUAUGCCUUUGUGGCUGUCCCUCUUUGGUGUGGUGUGGUGCUCUUGCCUCGUCAGUGAUCUGGUGGAUCAGGUUCCUCUCCCUCUCUGCCCGUCGCUGCCGCUCCUCAUCAGAACUGGCGGCAGCAGCAGCCGCGGCAGCUGGAGCAGCUGGGCGAGCCCUCUUGGCCUGCAUGCAAACAUACAUACAUCCAUCCAUCCACGGCACACACAGACAGGUUGAAGGGGUGGCAGACACUCCAAGAUCCUUAACGCCCGGUGUGCUCACCUUCCUUCCAUCCAUUACGUCCCACAAGCUACUGGGCCUGAAAGAUCCAUCCCUGAGUAUUCAUCAGCCCCAUUCAUUGUACAAAGCUG